CAUCUGCGCUAUAUAUAUUAACGAGGGCUCUCCUUUCCUCCUUGUGCAAACCAAAGUUUUUUCUCUCCACAAAUUCACAUUCCUCAUUCCUUCUUACGGAGGCCAAUUAAGUCUCUUCCGGCCGAAGCUUGGUUCAACCAAACAAAUUCCCUAAAGAGUUUGCCAUCGUCUCUUUUCUCGAUAAAUUUCCAUUUGGGAGGGAUGGCUGCUGUUGUUACUGGCCCGGAUGCAAAACCAGCCGCUAGCCACCGCUGCAGGUUUGAGUUGAAGAAAUACAACGCGGCGUUCAAAUGCGAGGUUUGCAGGGUCAAAAGUUACGAUACUGGAAGAUAUCGGUGCGAUCACUGCGGCGAGGAUCGUCACAUAGGCUGCAUUCGACUUGCUGAUGAAAUCGAACUUGGCCCUGGGCCCAACAACAUAUUCAGCACGAGCCCCGUUUUCACGGUUUUUGAUAAUCCACGGAGAGGGAGGAAUUCCGAAAAUAAGAAAUGGGCCAAGAACUGUCUGGUGUGCGGGAUGCCCAUCAGGCAUUACAGCUAUCACGCUCAGACCACGGAAAACAAGGACUUGAACAUGCACCCGUGCUGUGCUGAGCUCGCCACAUUCAACACCAACAGCCGCGUGCCCCUUGAGCUCCAGACGGGGGAAAGACAUAGCUGUGUGUGGUGCGGCAAGAAGCGGCCUGAGGAAGCAUCCAAGUAUGGCCCGACCGAUUUCUACUGUUGGUCAUACAGGUUGACAGAGGGCAAGAACCGCAUCCAUGUGCACUGCUACACAGAAAUGGUGAUUGAGGCCUUGGAGCAGUUGGACGACGAUGACAAUAGACAUAUCGUCCUGAAACGGAGGAGGAGUUCUGAUAGAAAUGAUUUGGAAUCAAUAUUAAGGGAAUUCAUUAAUAUUGGCCUGAACGUUGCUGGAAUAGGAUUCACGGAUAUCUUUCUAGACUUAGUUUGAUCGAGGGAUCUGUUCAUACUGAUGAUCGACAGGCUUCAUUUUCGUAGACUGAAUUUCUGAUUAGUAGGUGGAGUCUGUGUGUGUGAUUUGUCUUGUUUUUGUAUGCACGCUCCCCGUAUCACAUAAAUGUUUUCUGUAUGUGCGCACGUAUUUUCUGUUUGUCUUG